AUGUCUGGAGCAGGGCCACGUUGCGGGCAGGCCUGGGCUCGACGCUCGGCGGCCACGCUUGCGCGCAGGCUGCGCAGGGAGCGAGCCCUGGAGCGGGACGGGGCCACGGCGACGGCUGCUGCCGCUGCUGCGGUGGCGGUGCUGGCUCCCCCCACGGACCUGGCGGCCGCCCUUGAGGAUCGCCUCGUCAGCCUCGGCAGGGCGCUGCUGCUGCACCACAGGGCUGACGUCGCCCUUGGCCGCCACAUGCAUCGGUUGGGCGAUGCACUGCGCGCGGUGGCCAAGACGCUCGACGUGGACACAGACUUCGUGCACAGAGGCAUGGAGAUAAAGAGCGACGGCGACAAAGCGAGGCACCAGCCGCUUCUUGCAGCGACGCCUUCGGCUGCAGUGGAUUGCGUGGUCGAGAUUUGCGUAGCUGAUGUUGUGGCGAGCACAGUCAAGGUGGAUACGGCUGGGCUGCCACACGGGAGUGUGCUGCGGGCGGAGGCGCCUGUAUUCGUCCCCCUCGGCCUCCUCGGCGCAAUCGCGCCCGACUACUGCGAGGACCAGGUGCCAAUCCAGCUGGAUACGGUCGCGCCCUUCGUCCAAGAGGGCCAGGCGACAGAGUGCGAGACGGGAUUCCAUGAGGAGUCCUGCGACGACGCGGAGCUCGACGUGACCAUCGAGGAGGACGGCGAUGCCACGGCCUGCACGGCCGAGCCACCGCCGCCGGCAGCCGCGUGCAGUGCUGCGGCUACUGCGCUGGUGAGGUUUCUGGCGCUGAUCUUCAAGGUCAGCCUCACGCUGAAGGGUUUCGCGGAGCUGUUCAUCUCGCCACUGGUAUUCCAG